UAAACUUAAUUCAGACGAUACUAAAGGGAGAAUCUAAACACUUAAACAGCUCUUAAGAUCUACAAUAUGACAAGUUAAUCUACAUAAUUAUAGCUAAGCUUUGGGAAUACCAGAGGUAAAUAGGUCAAUACAAACGGCUAUAAAUACGACAAGAUUUCUAUAACAUCUUCAUAAUUUGAAAGUGACAGAAUGAGACGGAAGUUGGAACGUAAUCUGACUUAGGAAAUAAGAGGAAAUGGAGCGUAUUAUAUGCUUAGAUAAAUUCUGGGAUAUGAAUCUGACAUGGGGAAAUGAUCGAGAAUACCCAGAAUUUACAGAAUGUUUCCAGGACACCGUUAUAUUGCUUAUGCCUAGUCUUUGGUUAAUUUUGACCACACCUUUGUACUUGUAUAUAUUACUGCAAUACAAAGAUUCUCAUGGGCAAUGGAGUGGGAAAUGUUUGAUAAAAAUAAGUACAGCUUCACUUCAGCUAUCUGUACGGUAUCUACAGAUAGCUCAGACAGAUGGUGGGGCGUGGAACACCCGUAAUAUCAACCAGAUGGUAGAGGGAGUGACACUGGUACGUCUGUGAUAUCAUACUUGAAAUUUGUCGCAGAGACAUUUACCAUCCUUAAAAUUUAUCUUCCUAAAACGUAUCGCCGUAAAACGUAUUGUGCUUAUACAGCGACAUAAACGACAAGCCCUGUAACAUUUACUAAGUCGGUUUAUCAGAUGUCGAUGUGUUUUGUUUUUAUAUUAUUGGUUUUAUUAUUUGUUUUUCUUUUUGUUUGUAAGCUUAUUGAUAGUCCCAUUCUCCAAAAAAAUGUUAGUUAUGUUAUAGCCAGGGAGCCAAGGAAGUCCGAAAAGUGCCUAGAAACAGGAUUUACCUGUCCGGUCAUGCUAUAGUCAGUUUCUGUAUAUAUUAUGAAAGUGCAAAGUCGCGGAUCAGAAAAAUCGGCCUGCAAAACAAAAGCUCUUGCAAAAUUUGAAAAUAUUAAGGGGGGAUAACUCUGUAUAUUUUCAGUUUUUUUAAGAUUCAAAACGCUUUUUCGCUAACAAAACAUGGCAUCAUGUUUCUAAAAUCAGUUCAAAUAUAUAUAUUUCAACAUUGCUUUUACGCAUAAGGCUCAUGGUUGAAAAAUACGCAAAAUGUACUCAUUUUAUGUACAUUUUAUUAUAAGAUUUGGCACCUAAAAUACCAGAGAAUAAAAUAAAAAUAUUUAACCUAAAAUUUACAGUAUGAAGAAGUAACCUUUAAAAUGGUCUUAUUUCUCAAAGUCAUUUAUUAAUACCACUGCGAAACAGUCUGUUAGAACAGAAAAUCAUCUAGAUAUUCUAGUUCAGGUUUGGCUAAGAAAUACGCAAACCCGGGGUAUUUUAUGUACCCCACCCACUUUAAAUAAUGCAAAAAAUGUAUAAUAAAAAUAUUCGACCAACAACCAAGAAGACAUAUUCUUUUUAUCACGUAUACAAUAUAAUCUAUAUUUUGGACCAUAUAAAGCUGGAUGAGGGGUAUUUAAAAGAUUUUAAACAGAAAAAGGGGGUAGGAAAACCUAUGUAUUUUACAACCGAUAAUUAGAAUAAACAACCCGUUAUUAGAUAAGAGCAACACUAAUGGAAGUCGAAAAAACCUUUACUUGCAAACUAUUCAUUUGGAAAGUAAUUUAUUUAGAUACACUAUAAUGCAAUCUAGUUCAGGUUUGGCUAAAGAAUACGCAAAUCCUGGGUAUUUUAUGUACCCCACCCACUUUAUAUGAUGCAAAAAUAUAUAUAAUAGAAAUAUUUGACAAAAAAUCAAUGAGAUAUAUUCUUUUUAUCACGUAUACAAUAUAAUCUAUGUUUUUGACCAUAUAAAGCUGGAUGAUGGGUAUUUAAAAGAUUUUAAG